AUGGCGAUUUUCUACGGCGCAGACAGGCACGACGCGUUACGGGACGCGGCGAAGGAGAUGAUCGAGUAUGCCACGCAGGCUCGGGUAACGACGGAGCGCUACGACGGCGCAAAGGACAAGCGGUUGGACUUGCACUGCAGGAACUUUUUUGGCACCGGCAUGUACGGCGCACAGAAGAGUUUCUUGGGGCUGGACGUGUCCGUGGUCUCUGCGCAACCUGCGGCGGGUGCCCGAGUGUGGGCGGUUGGCAAGGCGAUGAAGGAGGCUGAGAAGCAGAAGAUGUCCAAUCUGCUGCGACGACUUGCCGUGGUGGCGGAGGAUAGCGGAGUCUACCAGCCUGGGCUGGAGGAGAACUUCGCUGCACGCUGGAAGGAGCGGCUCACGGCGACCCUGCACAUUGCCAACAGGGACAUGUUGCUGCCUCUGGCACUGCUCAAGGCCACAUCAGAUUAUGCCUGGAAUGUUGAACUCAAUGCCAAGGCUGGCGCUGUCAGCGAGUGCUACCGAUUCCAUGCCGUGGACCCUUCAUGGGAUGAAUCCAAGUGGAUUGGGAAUGCUCAGCUCCUCCGCACCGAGGUCGCCCUGAGCGCCAUGUCCUCCACCAAGAUUUACAUUUCCGGUCAAGGCGCCUACGACCUUUACAUCAACGGAGCCCGUGUCAACACAGGUUCCCCACUCAACGCCGCCUGGACCUACUACAGCCAGCGCGUCAUCUAUGAUGUCCUUGACGUGUCGGACCUGGUUCCCAUCACGGGUACCUACGCGAUUGGUGUGGCCCUGGCCCCGGCUUGGCGCGAUACCACCAGCUUCCCCCCCUUUGUUCCCACGGAUUGCGACAGCAACGAGCGCGUCCUACGCAUGAUCAUCAAGUCGGACGAGAAGACGGUUGGCGUCACCGAUGAGCACUGGAAGAUUACCAACGAUGGUCCCGUGCAGUCGGCCAGCAUCUACAACGGCGGUUUGUAUCUCUUUGACAUCGCCCACCCUCCGCUCCAGCGCACUCGCUUAUUGCUCCCAUCCGCUCCUGCUUCGACAGAGGUGUAUGAUGCGACAAAGGAGAUCGAUGGCUGGAGCUCCAUCGGCUUUGAUGCCAGCAGCUGGAGCAAUGCUUCGAGCAUCGAUUGUUUCCAGCCCAUUCUGUCGGCACGCUCCUUCCCCAUCAUCAAGGUACAAGAGGAGCACAAGCCCAUCGGCAUCAACAAGAUUGAGUGCCCCGCCAACACGGGUUCUUGUGGCAACUAUACCAAGGGUACUUGCGAUGCAAAUACCACUGUCCAGGUCGUAGAGGGCCUUUGCAUUGGCAAAGCCUCGUGUACCAUUCCGGCCAACGAUGCCGUGUUCGGUGACCCUUGCUACGAUACGGUCAAAUAUCUGGCUGUUCAGGCUGCUGGUUGCACCAGCGCCACUCCUGCCACUUAUGUCGUUGACUUUGGCGAGAACUUGGCCGGCGUGUGCCGCAUUCAGGUCAAGGGCAACAAGGGCGACAGCAUUACCUUGAAGCAUGCUGAGGUUCUGAUGCACGAGCCUUAUGGUCCUGCAGAUGGCACGGUCUACACAGGCAACCUGCGCACGGCACAAGCCACCGAUACCUACGUCCUUCGUGGUGACGCCAACGGCGAGACUUGGACCCCCAGCUUUACCUACCACGGUUUCCGCUAUGUGCAAGUAACUGGCAUGGCCGUGACCCAGGAUACUCUUACUCGCGUGAUCAACACGAUCAACUAUGGCGCUUACCGCGGCCAGGGUUCCAACAUGAUGAGCCUCCCCACCGACUGUGACCAGCGUGAUGAGCGUUUGGGCUGGAUGGGCGACGCGGAUCUCACGGCCGAGGGCUUUGCUCUCAACUACGAUUCGGGCGCCUUCAUGGAUGCCUUUGUCCGCUCCAUGAUCGAUUCCCGGGACCCCACUACGGGUGCGAUGCCCGAUACAGUACCCUGGAGUCGCUACGGCAACCGCCCCGCCGACCCUUCGUGGAGUGCUGCCCUCCCCCAGAACAUGUACGUGCGUGCAACUAUGGGUGGUAGCCUGGAUAUUGCCGAGGCCUACUGGACCGAGCUUAUGCAGUACUUUACCAACAUUGAUGCGCAAAUUCCCGCCAACACCUCGGCUCAAGUUGCCGGCGCCAUCUGCAGCUCCUUCAACUACUUGACCAACCUGCGUCAAGCUGCCGAGUUGGCCACCAUGCUAAACUACACCACCGAUGCCGUGGCUCUGGCCAACCGUGCUGACGACAUCUCAGCUCAAUAUACCGCCACAUUUUACGAUGCAUCGACCAAGUGCUAUGGCAACUGCGAACAAGGUGCCUUGGCCCUGUCCAUCAUGGCCGACACAAACUACAGCCAGACGCUGGGCAACCAGCUCGUGGAGAAAAUCCAGGGCAACGGGAACCGCGUGACGGGUGGCAUUAUUGCCGUCAAGGCCCUGUUCCCAGCCCUCGAGGCCUUCAAUCAGCACGACCAGGCCAACGACUCGUCACCGUCCGUCGUGGGGCGUUUAUCCAUGCUCACGCCUUGUCAUGGGCAGACAAACUACCCGUCGUGGGGCUACAUGUUCUUCAACGACAUUGAGCCAGCCACCUCUUCACUUUGGGAGCUGUGGGACUCGCCCAUGGAAGGCCCGGGCAUGAACAGCCGUAACCACCACAUGUUCUCAAGCAUCAGCGCGUGGCUGGUCACCGAGGUCGGUGGCUUGAAGAACCUCGACUGCACCCAGCAGACUUUUACUCUGCGCCCCUCCUUCAGCACGCUACUGAGCGGUGUGGAGGCCUCGCGUGAGACCGCCUGUGGCCGUGUUUCCAUGCGUUAUCAGCGCGUUGGUGGCCGCCACAUUCUUCAGCACCCGGAGGGCCGCUGCGAACUUGAUGCCUCGGCUGAUGUCUGGGGUGCCAUUUCCCGUGUACCUGCCGCCUCAAACCCCCGUGUGCUCCACGUGGAAAUGAGCUGCAGCGAACCCGAAACGUAUGAAGUCGAGGUCGAAGUGCCUGCUGGUCGUCGGGCCGAGCUGGCUCUGCGCCAGCCUCUGCGCGUCCUCGAUGCCGCCACUGGCACCAGCCCGGUCGAAUCGGUUUCUGUCGGCGCAGGUCGCACCAAGCUGCGCUUUAGCGCUUAA